AUGACUGCGGGAGAGAUAAAUAGAUUAAACAAACUAGAAAGAAGAAAAUAUUCAACAACUCGUUUUAAGAAACAGAGUGGCAAAAGAAAUACAACUCAAAAUCAUUGUAAUACAAAUAAGGUUUUGAAUAAAACAAUUCGACAACAGAAGGAUGUUCUGAUAGAUCGACCAGUUGAAACAAAGACGUGUAAUAAACAGAACUGGGGGAAACCUAUUAAAGGUUCUUCAAUGUUUAAUAAUUCUUGUCAUGUGAACCACUACAGGCAUGUUCAUUGUUUCAAUUCACCGUUUGAAACAUUUGAGAAGAACAAACAUGUGACAAAUGUUGGUGAGUGA